CUACACAAUUCACAAUGAGGCUGAUAUUGGCGUCUUGCGGAUCACUUUUCAAUUGCGAAAAUCAUCUCGAACUUGGACAACCAACGUGACAAAUAUUAUUUCUUUCAGAAGGCCCUGGGGAAUCUGUCGCACGGCGUAGCCGCUCCCCAUCAUGGCAAAACCCAAAACUGGCAGUGUACCAAACAAGGCAUUGUACAGCAGGGUAUCCUAUCUUUACCAAGCAGCAGCAUACAUGGCGACUCAGCAACAGUUCUCCCGGUCCACGGGGUGUCGAUCGACGGCAGACGCUGAACAUCAUUCCAAGCAGACUUUUGAGACUACGCCAGAGAUACUUUCAAAUCCUCGAGUGUCUCCAUCGCAACCUGCUUCCAGACGUUUGGUAUCCGAACUACGAACUGUCUCUCACAAAGUCUUGAUGCGGAUGUCGCCUGUCAUGAAGCAUUCACUAUGCAAGAACUGCGAUACAAUGAUGAUAGAUGGGUCUACGUGCAAGAAUGUGAUUGAGAAUAGGAGUAAGGGUGGCAAGAAGCCGUGGGCAGAUAUCCUUGUAAGGAGAUGUAAUACUUGCGGGCUGGAGAAACGGUUGCCGUUAAAUUCAGCGAGGCAAAAGAGGCGGCGCCAAAGGCAGCCGCCAGAGGCUGCUGAAGUAGACAACAGUCUUUCUUGAGUUUAGCGGAGAGCAGGUCAUUGAAUGUGGAAUAAAGGGCCAAUGCGUCUCGAGAGUGACGGACAAGCUCAACACGCUGGGCAAUUGAUGACUCUCAAGCGAGAAUCCUGGGGAUUUAAAAGCCCCGAAUGUCCCAGAUGUGCCUUACAUGUCAGCUUGUGCGGCGAGCUCAGGCUCUCAAGCUACUGACUGCAGAUGUAAGAUGGUAUGAGGUUCUCCCAGGUCCGCAAGGUACUUUCGAAGUCUUUCUUGCUAGUUGUGCUUGCAAAGUGCAGUUGAUAAUCCCCCAAAUACCAGAAUAUCGAAGAUAUGGUCUGCAGCUCCUGUAUUGGCUCUGUCCAAACUGGAGAGAUGCUCCUUCCUAAAGCUUCAGAACCCGCGCACAUCUAAAGAGCAUCCUGUGCUCUGCACUGAAUGUAUUUUCUACAAUCAAUGCAUCCCGCAAAUUAAGUCAUUCUUUUGGCCUUCAAAUAUUCUUAUGUUCAUUCUGUGAAUUAUACGUUCAUUCCACUUGGUGCACCUCCUCGACGUCUUCGAGACAAUCAGUUCUACGCACUACUUCCAUGGUCAUUUGUGUCGAAAUUCUCACCAAAAACAUGGCUACGGAUUUUAAAAAUCGUCGUGAACGCAACAGCACCAAUCCAGAUCAACCCCCUGUUCAACCACUCAGCGAUAUGUACCAAUCUGUCAUCCCAAACGCUCCCAUCAGCCACGGAAUCAAUACAAGGGCUUUGGAAAAGGCGCCUGAGCAAGAAUCAUCUGCAAGUGCUCAAUCCUCCUUGCAACGAGGUGAUGUGGGCUCCAAGAGUUCGGAUGGACCAGCAUCUUCUACAAGCCCAACUCUUCGAGCACCUUCUCAGAGCUCGCAAUCGGACUCAGACCAUGACAGUACCACUAUCCAGUCAACCGGCCAAUUUGACUUUCGAGGCCUACCUGCAGAGCUCCGCGUGAUCAUUUACUCCUUCGUGUGGCCUUGCAACAUCAAAUCCAGCGCGUUGCUCCAUACACUAGCUCAUGAUAGCAAGCUUGAAAAGCAUGAUCUGAAGAUAGCAGAAAGGUACCACGGACAGCACCACAGUUUUACCGUCACGGCGAUGAACUUCGAGGCAUUCAAGGCCAUGCGAAUAAGUAUGGAACGCAUCACGAACAUCACAAUAAGGAGAGACUGUUCAGUUAUGUACCGAAGUGCUGGGUUUCCCACCUUGUCUGGUUGUCACUGCACUUGGAGAAAUUACUUCGAAACAAUAAAGAUUCACAAUAUACAAGACCCAGAAUCUGUUGAUUCUCGGGCGCACCCACGGGAUGACCUCGUACGCAUUCUCAUCAGAGCCGCCCAAUAUGGCAAUGGCGGUCCUACCACACUAAUCAUUACGACGGAAAGUUGCAACCCGUUUUCGAGUCGCAACAGAGACUUGGUGCAUGAGAUGUUCAGUUGGAUCAGUGUUGGUCUAGGCUUCAUUGGUGCUUAUAAAGAGUUGAGCGGCGGUACUGUGCUCCACGCUGCCUGGAGCAAUGGUGCUCCCCUGACAUGGUCAAGAUUGGAUGGACGAUGACGGAUAAGGAAUGGUAUAGAGCGAUAGCAGUAAGGUUAUGGGAAACAUAUUACCAUAGUGUCUGUUUCUGGGUACUUAGAUACUCGUUCCAAGCGCCGGUCAAAUCUUUCAAAGUGGAGUGUUUAUCGUUGACAGCUUGCAUUUCACGAAGAUGAGUGAACCCACAUAUCAGCCACCCCUGGUGCAAAACCAACAGCAUCAGUGCCUCAAAACGACGAGAGCUAUGUCCGGGAUCGUUAUGGGACCUUUCCGGGGUCACAUCUGAUGAAAAACCAGCCAAAAUCCAGCACUGGUCCUCAAGUGAUUGAUAAUGGGUGUGAAUUGAGCAGUAACUGCCAAGUCCAAUGAUCCUAAGGUAAAACAAUCGGAAAACACAAAUAUUUUACCCGAGAUUUUAUUCAUUUGCUGGGGAGGUUCAAAAAUGUCUGAAAUCUGUUGAGGGCACAAAACAUCUCGCGUAUACUGAAGCGUAGUUCAAAGAACAGUCUGGAUGACUAUUGAGUUUACAGCAGAUACUGAUUAAGUCCACAUCAAACGACCUCCCACCUCGCCAACCUUCCCAUCUUCUCCCCCGCGUUCCUAACAAUGCAAAACCGCCCGUCCUUCCCUUUCCCAUCCCUCCUCAACCCCUCUAAAACCUUCUCCACGACCACACUUCCCACCGCAACUCCCUUCCCUUCUGCCAGAUUAAACUCCCCCGUUGUUACAAACCCAAUGAGGUCCUCCUCAUCUGGGACAAGCGGGAAGUCUUCUUCGUGGUUUCCAGUUAGGAAUUGCGAGUAUUGGCAAGGUGGUUCUUGUAGCAGAGAUCGAGCGAGGAGUUGGAUUCGCUGAGGGAGAGGCGUGUUCAGUGGGAUCCGGGUGGGGAAUUUUGCCGCUUUGGCUUUGGGGUUGAGUGGGAGUUUAGAGUGGGCGGGUGGCGGGAGAAGGGCGAGCCAUUGCUCACGGGUACUAGGUGGUGGAGCGCUGGUUAAAGAUGGUUCGGACUCUAUCGAUGAGGGAUGUUCCGCUAUUUUGGGCAGGCGGUAUAUUCGAGCUGACGGCAAUGCGAUUCCUUUGGUGACUAGAGUGAUGCGAAAUGUGGCAACUGCAUUUUGCUGUAGCAGCUGACUCUCAUAUGAGGAAAGGAGACUUUUGAAAGUUUUGCUUGGAAUAUGGUGCAGUGGCACCUCGCGUUUUGAUGUGGUCGCCUUCGAUUUCUCAGUUUCUUGAGCUGCAUCUAUCAGAUCAAUGCUAGCCGUUAACAGUGGCACGCCAACGACUCUUUCAAAGUCAGAGGCCCAUCCUCGACCAAUUUCUCCCUUUCUCCCGGCCCCAAGGUCAAGAGAAUCCCAUUCCACCCUCUUACCCUUCGGCCGCUUAUCCCAAUUGGCUUUUCUCUUCAGUCUUUCAUCCAGCUCCCACUGGAAGCCGGAAGCAGUGCCAGGGAAAUCUGUAGGAAAAUAGGGAACGCCUUGUUCAAAAUGGACCUGGCGAAGCUCUUGCAGGCCACCAAAUCGGGGAUUGUUGCCAGAGGACAAAGGGCAGUGCAUCAACCCAUACCAAAUCGGCAAGAUACAUUUCCAAGGUGCCAGAAGUAUCCAAGUGCCUUGUGCGGAGCCUGAUGAGACUGAUCUGGAAGCGAUCAGUGUGAUUGGUAUUCUUGGGUCGCUUUCUAGACAAGAGGGGUAAUCUCCCGGCUUCGCAAUAGCUUUCCUUCGAUUGAGUGCUUUCUGAGAGGGAAGCCGUGUUGCCUUAAAUCUUGCUUCGCGGUCAAAUAAUGCUGAUGAUCCUGUUGAUCGAUCUACGGGCCAAGACGAGGCCAUUUCCAAGAGCUUGAAAUUGGCUUCUUCGUCGCUGGUGCUCGGUAGCUUGACUGGCCUGGGUGGAUAUCGAAUCCGAGGGUCCAUUACGGGGAAACUCAAUACAGAAUUAGAUGGCAGUGAUCCAGGAUUUGUAAUUCCAAGUAAGGCCUUAAAAGCUCUCGCAUGCUCUUCUGACUCAUCGUAUGGAUGCAGAACACUUAGUAGAGCUUCAGUUGAAGACGGCCCAACGAUCUCAAUGCUUCCAAUCUCGAAGCGGAGAUCUUCGAUAUGGACUAUGGGGCGCUGGAGCUUCGACAAACGAAGAACUUCUGUCCAUACUUCAAUAAAAGCAGCAGGAUGUAUCCUGACAAAUAUUCGAGACUGUUUCGCCUUCUUUUGCGAGGUUUCAUCACUUUCCGUACCAGACGGUGGGGGGGACCAUAAGACAGUAGCGGGACUGACGACAAUAGAUUUCUCCUUCACUUCCCUAGUCAACCACCCAGUCCAGCUUCGCUUCCCUUCUCUCCAUUUUGUGCCCCUUGCAUCCCAGAGUGCCUCCUCUUUAAUACCGACAGCCUUGAGAAGCUUUUGUAGACUUGCUUCAGGCCCUUCUAAACCAAUCGUGCUCAUGUAGCUCAUAUCCCAGCAUACAGCUCCCCUUACUCCACUGGCUCGAUGAGUAGGUCUAUAUGAUUUCUGGGUCGAAGUAAGCGGAAUAGCAAAUCUCCAAAGUGGAUCCUUGGGCUCGGUCAUUGUCGCCCUUUUCGCAUGCCACAAGUGAGUAGGCAACCAGGUCUUGUGUAUCUGCCUCUUCCUAAACUUUGACCUGGGCUUCGGCGGGUCGUUCAACGCAUUCUUUCGGAUCUUGGGUCGUGGUUCUCGGGCCUCUAUUCUGACAUCACCGAUCUUCUUCUCUUUCACAGCUCCCUUCUUUGCUGCCAAAAUGCCGAGUCGCUUUGCAGUCUCCGCCCGCAGUCUGGCCCGUGGGUUUCCUGGCUUUCUAGUCCUUGAGUUGACAGUUGGUGUAUUAUCGUCUCUCAUCUCUUUGGCCGCCCUCUUCUGCAGUCUCUUCGGCACUCUCUUAACAUUGUGGCUAGCUGUUCGUCUGCGGAGAUCGCGUGGAACCUGCUGAAAUGCCCUCGUUGUCCCGCUAUUCUUCGACUUUUGCAUGCCAUCUUGUAAUGCUUUGAUCUCGAAGUCGCGUGACUUGAGAAAAGACUGUAAGUCUAGCUCCCCGUUGUUUAAAGCUCCAUCUGGAGAGCUUGUCAAAAUUGAUCGCGCGUCAUACUUGACGCGUUUAAAGUUGCGCCCUUUGCUUGGCUUGUUUUGGCUGCUGGAAGAGGAAUUAGGAGCAUCUUUACGCUUCCUAUUCCCGCUGUUACUGGCAAAAUUAGUCUCCGAAUUUGAGUUUUUGAGUGGCAUUGUCUGUACAGCGAC